AUGGCUGUUAUUGAACAAGUUGGAUUGAUGAAGACUGUGACUGGACUUGGUAAGUGCUAUAUUGAACUGGUAAGGGAAUUCAUUGUGAACAUUCCCUCUGAUUGUGAUAAUGAGGAUAAUGCUGAGUAUAGGAAGGUAAGCCCUGAUGCUGUGACUGAGGAGAAGCCUGACUUGGUUAGGGUUGCUAACACCCUUAUUGGGAAUUUGGUCAAGAAGUGGCCCAAGAAAGGGUCGUUACCCUCUGGAAAGCUGACUGCUAAGUAUGUUGUGCUCUACAAAAUAGGCACUGCAAACUGGAUGGCUACUCAACAUCUCUCUGGAACUCUCAAGUAUGUUGGUUCUUUUGCUGUGAAGUUUCAUAUUCUGUUUCAUUGUCUUCUCUAUGGACUUAUUUUGCAACAACAUCCCACCAUUCUGAGGGCUGAUUAUCGUCUGUUUGCUGGACCACAUGUUCCAGACAUUGUGUUGUCUGCUGCUAGAGGAUCUACCAGUGCCAGUGGUACUAAGGCACCUGGAUCAAGCAAGGAAGACGUUGUGGCUGAAUUGCAGGAAAUUUCCAAGACUCUACAAGAGACUAUCCAGUCCUGCAAUUUGAGGAAACUUAAUGUUGAUCAAUUGAUCAAAGCACUGACUGAGGUUUCUGCUAUUGCAGAGGAAGAAGUGGUUGAAGAGGAAACUGAGAAUGCUGAGGAUUAA